AUGGUCGGCCAGGCUACUACCAUUCUUCUUACUCUUCCCCUUCUUCUCCAGAUCGUACCGGGAGCAGUGGGUCGUCCCGCUCCAUCGGAGGAUGGGUCUCUUUGCAGAUUUGGGGCUUGUGGACCCGAUACUGACUCCAGAGGACAUGAUCAAUCUGAUGGUCCUAGCUGGGGAAAUGAUGACGACGACGACGACGACGACGACAACAACAACAACAACAAAAAUGACGAGAUAUGCACUCCGGAGACGGUGACAGUGACAGUGACAGCUAUAUCCACCGAUCAUCUUCCUGGUCCAACCACCACCAUUGCCGGUCCCACAAACACAGUAACCAUUACAACUGAUGGCCCUGCUGUAACUUCAACUAUAACUGAAGCGUUUACUUCAACUGUAACCGACGCUACCACCAGCAACCAGGUAGUAACAGAUACCGAAACCAUCACAAUUACUGUCACAGAUGCCGAGACUCCCACAACUACCAAAGCUACAGCUACUGCGACCUCCAGUCCGACAAACGGUGCAGACAGUGGGGAUGGCCCUGACUACGGGACGUGCUCAGAUCCGACUAUCCGGUGGGCGGAUGGACUCGAUGGACGGACGGAGUAUUCGUGGAUUACGAAUAAUCAGGAUGAUUUCCCGCAUAAGUCGUCGACGACUAUUAAUACCUUGAUGGUUUUCGUUUGUAAUCGGCUUCGGAGUCCGUGCAAUGCUUCGCAGGCGGUGGUUGAUCGAUGUUAUUCGGCGGCGGGGCAAACGGCGGUACUUAUCUUUUCUUCAUUACAUUACCAAGCCUUUGUAUUAUCGGUUGGAGUCCCUCCAUCUAGUCGGUCCGUCGGCGUCGGCGUCGGCAUCGUUCGUCGGGAGUGGCUGGUGCUCCUGGCAAAGGUGUACGACUUAAGCCCCGCGUACGGGUGUGCGUCAUUACCCCUGUUAAUAGGGAACCCUUAA